CUUCAUUCAGUCGGUCCAAAUAAACGCACAGUAACGGAUGGUUUUGACAGUUAAAAAGGAAAGCUUCAGUGCUGAAAGCUGCAGUUGGCUCUUUCUCUCUCUGCGAUCAAACAUGGGAGGCCCCAACGGUUCCACUGAUUCCUUCACAUUCGACAAAUCCGCGAAGAUCUUCGUCGCCGGCCACCGUGGCCUCGUCGGCUCCGCAAUCGUCAACAAGCUCCGCCAGCUCGGCUUCACCAAUCUACUCCUCCGAUCUCACUCCGAUCUCGAUCUCACUCGCCAAUCCGCUGUCGAAGCCUUCUUCGCCGCCGAAAACCCCCAAUUCGUAAUCCUCGCUGCCGCCAAAGUCGGCGGCAUUCAUGCCAACAACACCUACCCCGCCGAUUUCAUCGCAAUCAAUCUCCAAAUCCAAACCAAUGUAAUCGACUCAGCCUAUCGCCAUGGUGUAAAGAAACUCGUUUUCUUAGGAUCUUCUUGCAUUUAUCCUAAAUUCGCCCCACAACCAAUCCCUGAAGACGCAUUGUUAACCGGUCCAUUAGAGCCCACCAAUGAAUGGUACGCGGUGGCAAAGAUCGCCGGCAUCAAAAUGUGCCAGGCCUAUCGAAUUCAGUACAAUUGGGAUGCUAUUUCAGCAAUGCCCACAAAUUUAUAUGGCCCAAAUGAUAAUUUUCACCCUGAGAAUUCGCACGUGUUGCCCGCAUUGAUGAGGCGGUUUCACGAGGCCAAGGUUUCGGGUGCCAUAGAGGUGGUGGUGUGGGGAACAGGGUCGCCAUUGCGCGAGUUCUUGCAUGUCGAUGAUUUGGCAGAUGCGGUGGUGUUUUUGAUGGAGAAGUAUAGUGGGUUGGGGCAUGUGAAUGUGGGGAGUGGGAAAGAGGUGACAAUUAAGGAGCUUGCUGAGUUGGUGAAGGAGGUUGUUGGGUUUGAGGGUGAGCUUGUUUGGGACACUUCGAAGCCAGAUGGUACUCCAAGGAAGCUCAUGGAUAGCUCAAAGCUGUCAGGAUUGGGUUGGGUCCCAAAGAUAUCACUCCGGGAUGGGCUUGUUGAUACCUAUAAAUGGUACUUGGAGAAUGUCAAGCAAUAAUGCAGGUGAUAUCACCCAUUGUGUUUUCUAAUGAGCUAUCAAAUCCUUGUUUUUUUACAUCAUUACUUUAAUUUCUUCUUAUAGUUCAUGAUGGAAGCUAAUAUUUAUAGUGUACCAUUUAUAAGGAGUGUUAUUUCAAGUGCUUUGUGGUCUAAGAUCUACAUUUAGAGACCACUAUCACAUUUGGCAUUGUUAUGUACUAGUAAUGUAUUAGAAGAGCUGUUAGUAUGUUAUACAUUGCCAAGGUGAGGUGAAACCUUGGGAACUAUGGCCUUGCAGCCAUACUAUUAUAUGCCAUGUUUACCUUAAUCUUGGUUAUUUAUGUGAUUUUAAAGUAGUUUGAACUGCUUUUGUACCA